AUGACCGAGUUUGAUCGAAUCACAAUGAAAGAAACCGAGACUAUCGAUGAUUUUGGAGGAAAACUAUCAGAAAUUGCAUCAAAGUCAUCUGCCUUAGGAGCAAGCAUUGAAGAAUCAAAACUUGUCAAAACGUUUCUUAAAAGCCUUCCUCGCAAGAAGUAUAUCCACAUAGUAGCCUCGCUAGAACAGGUACUCGACCUAAACACCACCACGUUCGAAGACAUCAUCGGGAGAUUAAAAGCUUAUGAAGAGCGUAUUCAAGACGAUGAGAAUACGCAAGAGGAUCAAAGCAAGCUUCUGUACGCUAAUUAUGAUACACAAUCAAACCGAGAUUACAACGGGGAGAACAGAGGAAGAGGUCACUUCGCCUCAAAUUGUCCUGAUCGCUUACUCAAGUUACAAGAAGCCCAAGAGGAUGGAACCGAUGACACCCAAGAAGCAGACGAGCUCAUGAUGCAUGAGGUUGUGUACCUAAACGAGGGAAAAAUAGUACCAAGUAAUUACGAAGCAAGCACAAACAAUGAAAAUAUUGGGUACCUUGAUAACGGAGCAAGCAACCACAUGACCGGAGAUAGGCGAUAUUUCUCCAAGAUUGAUACCUCCAUUACCGGAAAAGUAAGAUUCAGUGAUGAUUCACGGAUAGAUAUCAAAGGAAAAGGUUCUAUAGAUUUCACUGACAGGAAUAGCGAGUCAAGAACAAUGACUGAUGUUUAUUUCAUCCCGGAUUUGAGAAGUAACAUCAUCAGCCUUGGGCAGGCUACUGAAUCAGGGUGUUACGUGAGAAUGAAGGGAGAAUAUCUAACUAUCCAGAGUGCCACAAGAUGA